AUGGAACAUCCUGGAGCGCUUUUGGCACAGUCAAUCUGCCAGGAAAGAGCAGAGAAGGGACAGCUCACCUCAGAAGACAUGUACUGGACAUUUAUGGACUGGAAAAUACUGAUGACCAUUGUUCUUCUAUGGGACCAGCUUCAGGCCUUGGAGCUCCGUCCUACAAGAUGGCCUCUGUAUUCCCAGAAGCCCCUGGUUUUGGCCUGGAACGCUCCCACUGAGGACUGCACCCCCCGCCACGGUGUCCGCUUUGAGCUGGAUCUGUUCCAAAUCGUCGCCUCACCCAAUGAAGCCUUUUUCAGACAGAACCUCACCAUCUUUUACAAGGAAAGGCUUGGUCUGUACCCUUAUUUUGAGGAAGACAAAUCGCCGGUAAAUGGAGGGUUACCCCAAAUGGCCCAUCUCUCUCGACACCUGGAGAAGAUGCCAGAGGUGGUGCAAAAAUACAUCCGAGAGCCAGAUGCCAAAGGACUGGCUGUGAUCGACUGGGAAGAAUGGCGCCCUCUCUGGAUCCGAAAUUGGGACGCUAAAGAUAUUUAUCGUCAGCAUUCGAAAGAGUUAGUGAGACAGAAAUACCCCACGUGGCCAGAGGAGCAAGUGUACAGAGCGGCGCAGCAAGAAUUCGAGUCAUCAGCGAAAAAAUUCAUGUUGGAAACGUUGAAACUUGCCAAAAGCCUGAGGCCCAAUCAGCUGUGGGGGUUUUAUCUAUUCCCCGACUGCUACAAUCACGAUUAUCGAAGGACUUUGGAGAAUUACACCGGUCGCUGUCCUGAUGUGGAAGUGGUCAGGAACGAGCAGUUGAAGUGGCUGUGGGAGGAGAGCACGGCGCUGUUUCCGUCCGUCUACAUGGGUCUGAUGCUGAGGUCGUCGCGCUCGGGGCAGCAGUUUGUGAGGAACAGGGUGAAGGAAGGCAUGCGCUUGGCCUCGUCUGGAGAAGGGCUGGCCAGACCCGUGUUUGUCUACGCCAGACCCACCUACGCCAACUCCCUGGUGCCGCUGACCGAGAUCGACCUUGUGUCCACCAUCGGGGAGAGUGUGGCUUUAGGAGCGGCUGGUAUUAUCCUGUGGGGGGAUGUGGCCUACGCAAGCAGCAAAACGAGCUGUUUGGAGCUCAAGGCCUAUCUCCAGGAUUCUCUGAGCAAAUACUUACUGAACGUGUCCACAGCAGCAGAGCUCUGCAGCCAGACUCUGUGCGGUUCUCACGGACGGUGCCUUCGCCGAAACCCGGACACCGACAGUUACCUGCACCUCAACCCCCUCACGCACGCCAUCGCCACUCAAAAUGGCCGUCUGGCGGUGACAGGAGAGCUGGAUGAGGCGGAGAAGACAAGAUUCCAGAUGGAUUUUCAGUGCCAGUGCUACAGCGGCUACCAAGGAGAGACCUGUCAGCAGAAGGACCCCAUGCACCAAAGAGGAAACGCAAAUGUUGCCAAAGCCUCCAUCAUUUCACACUGCCUUUUGUUGUUCGUGGUCAUGAGACUCGCGUCGCAGAACCCGCAGUCCUCACGUAGUAAUUAUCCAAGAUGA